AUGGCAACAGCAGUAGCAGGAGGUGUUGGAGGCGCCGGUGGAGGUGGAGGUGGAGGUGGUAAUGGCGGCCGUAGUUCGUCCUUAAUGGAAGCAUGGCUGGAGAAAUUGAAGGGGGAUGGGGAAUUAAGUGGUAGUGCUGAGGAAAUUACAACGAAAUUGAAGAAGAAUUUGGAGGAUGAAUGGGAAGAAUUGAAGACUUCCUUAGAGCAGCCGGGGUCCACGGAAAUAUCUAGUCUGUGUGCGAGCGUGGGGAGCCUCGUGGAGGGUGUGUGGACUGAUCAGAAGGAGGCUUAUCUGAAGAAUUUAUGUAAAGGAAUAGUCGAAAUAAAAUAUUUCAUGAGUGGUGUUGAAACAAAGAGAGAGGAUAAGGGUAGAGGUGGUAAAGAUGAGACAGCACAAAUUAAGCAACUCACGGAUGCUCAAGCUUAUCCCCGCUGUAUUGUUGGAUCCGUCGCUCUGAACGAAUUGUACGGCGAUCAUUGUAAAUUGGAUGGCAUUAUAGGGGAAAUAUCGACCACAAUGAACAAUAAAUUAAGGGGGUAUCCCACGCAGAAUGGGCAGAGCGCUGAGGACCAAUUGAAUAAAUGCCAAGGAAUUACGAAGGAACAACUAUUCAUUGGUAAAUCUAUUAUAGGCAAUACAAUCAAACUGUGGGCCGAAGGGGAUAGGGCGAAGGAAGAAAGGAAGAAGAGCAGGGACCAGACAGGUGGAGCCCUGAGGGUGGGGUACGUGUGGAGGUACUGGCCAAAUGUCUGUGGGGGGAAGGGGAAGCAGAAGGAGGAGCAGCAUUUGCGGGAACUGAGAAGGAAUAAUGCGAAACAUAUGAUGUCAUUUCUUACAGUGGGCGAUGAUAACAUGAGCAGUGGGGCCGAUACUGAUGGAAAACCGACUUUAGGUGAAAUAUUAACUGACGACAGUUACACCGUGGAGAAAGACCAACUGAAUUCAGUACUAUCAGUAUUAGUCGAGGGCAGUACGGGUGAAGUGGACACUUCAAAACUGCCGACACUAAUGCAGACCUUAGAGACGAUUUCGAAGGAAACUAAAGCUCAAGAGUGCAUCCAAAACAACAAAGACAACGUAGACAAUAACAACAGCUUCGCCAGCACGGGCAAAUUGUGCAAUCGUCUACAAUGUAUACAGAAUUACUUGAAUACAACAGGAACGACACCAGCAGGAAAGGCAGCAGAAGCGGCCCUGUGGAACGACGUCCAAACUCAAGUUACCAAACUUGCUACAACUGUAUCUAACAAUGUGGGGAGCGACAGCGAUGCAGACGGUCUGUGCAAGGACGUUAAGUGCCCCAAUGAUGGUGAAGAGGAGUGUGUGAGCAAAACGACAUGCAACAUUAUGGCUAAAGCAUUAAAGGAGGUAUAUAAAAAAGGGGAAGCGGACCAAGAGGAUUAUCGAAUAUUCUAUCCUACCCUUCGUUGUGUAAUAUUGAAUGCAUUCGCAGAUAAAUUAAAAGAUCGGGCGAACGAAGGUGGUUAUGCUUGCGCUGUAGAGGAAGGAAUAGAGGGGGCCUUUGCUGCAGCGCAGGAGAAGAAUAAAUAUAAGGAAUGGUGUAAUGGGAAUGGUAAGAAUGAUGGUUCCUGUCAGCCAUGUGGAAAGCAGCAUCAGGUGUGUACGGCUUAUAGUAUUAAAGGGACCACCUCCCUGGUGAGCAAAGUGAUGAAUGAGUUAAACAAAAACACCACCAACAUACAAAAAACCUUAUCCGAAAUAAGUAAUAAGGUCUCUUUAUGUGAUCGUAUGAAUUGUAUAAUAAAACAAUGGAUUGAUAACAAUACAUCAGGAGCAACGACACCAGGAGCAGCAACGACAAGAGGAGUGUCUACGACAAAUACGGACCAAUUCUGGGGUGAGAAGGGUGAUGUUAUGAAAUUGUGGAAUGAAUUAGCAAAGAAAAUGAAGGAGACAAAUGGAAAGGUGAAUGGACAAUGUGAUUUAUUUGCAACUGACGCUGAGAAGUGGGCAUGCAAGUAUUUGCAUGCCGGCUUCACCGAACUGAAGAGCAUUUCCUCGUCCAUAACAACUAAUGCAGGUGCUUACGAAACCCUGCAUAAAGACCCAUCGUUUGUCCAAACGAUGGGUUGUUUCUUACUCCAUUCCUAUGCAAAAUAUAUGAAAGACAAAGCAACUUGUAAUAUUGAAAAGGGGAUAACACAGGCAUUUGAGUCAUGGAAUGUAAGUUCUAAUGGUAAUUGCAGUGGCACGGAACCUUGUGUUCCGUGCCAAUGGAAUGGAAAAGACCAUGAAAGUUGCACAAUUAAAACAAAUGGAAGCACUGACCCAAAUUACAAGGUUGAGGAAAAAUUGAAGGACAUCGUCAAUGAGGACAAGGACACCAAAAUAAAGGAAAUGCUAUCUAACAUAAAUAAAAGGACUACUUUAUGUGACCAUAUGAAAUGUAUAGCAUCCCACUUAAGUUCCACAAACGGACAACAAAAACAAUCGAAUACAUCUGCGGACGAAUUCUGGGGGGAGGCUGGCGAUGUUAAGAACUUGUGGAAAAAAUUGGUAGAGGAGAUGAAGGAGAAUGGCAAAACGGAUCAGAAUGAAUGUAAUCAAGUGAAUGAUAAUGGCACCAAGAGGGAUGCAAUUCAUUCUGAAAAGACGGCAUGCAAUUAUUUGCAUGUCGGCUUCACCAAACUGAAGGAUAUUACUGAGUCCAUAAAUUCUAAGAGCAAUGACUACCCAACCCUGCAUAAAGACCCAUCGUUUGCACAGACAGUGGGUUGUUUCUUACUUCAUUCUUAUGCAGAACAUAUGGAAAAAAAAUCUACUUGUGUUAUUACUGCUGGUAUAGAGAAGGCUUUCACAACUGCUGGUAAGAUUGGUAGUGAUGUUACUUGCCAAUGGAAUAAAAGCGACUAUGAAAAAUGCAAAAUUAACACAAAUGGAGGCAGUGGCAUCCCAACACAAACGGAAGUAAAGAACAAAUUGAAAGAAAUUGUCACGGAGAAUGACCCCAAAAUAAAGACCAUGGCGGAAGCUGUAAAUAAAAUGGACUUAUGUGACCAAGUCAAAUGUGUAGCAGCCCGAUGGAGGAAAGAGAAGGACACGAGCGGUUCACCACCACGUGAUUGGAAGAAAGUGUGGGAAGGCGAAGACGGUGUGAAGAAGGAAUUAGGGGAACUUUCUAAAAAGAUGAAAGAGAAGACGGAUGCUGCAUCCUACUGCACUAUGGAUGAAGGGAAAGGAAAGGAGGCUUGCCUCCUUAUAGCAGCAGGAUUAAAAAACCUCUACAAUACAACUACUGCUGACGACCUUACGGCGUCGUUCCAAAGAACGAUGCAAUGUGUUCUAUUAAAUGCCAUCGCAGAUAAAUUAGAAAGUGACGAACUGCCGUGUAAGGAUGAGAAAAGUGUUCAGGCAGGGAUAAAUCAUGCUUUUGGGACGGAAAAUGAUAACAUUAGGAGUGGAGUAUCCACAUGCAAGGAUGAUGUUAAGUGUUUUAAGUGUGUUAGGGAAAAAAAUUUAAUGAGUUGCACAUUGAAUAAUGACGAUAAGAAUGUAAAGGAAAAAGUAGAACCCAUGCUAAAAGCAAAUGAUACAUUCAAGAAAGAAUCUCUGGAGAAGACCAUAUGUAAACCAUGUACUGGGGAAGGGAAGAAGGAUUUCUGUCAAGAACUUAAUUGCGUAGUAGAUAAAUGGGGAGAAAGGAAGAAUGGAAGCUCAAGCGGAACGACUACCUGGGAUGACAUGAAGAGUGACUUAGAAAAAGAACUAAAUUCACUCCUAAGUGCCAUGAAGACAAAUCAGACCGCCGUUGUGGACCAUUGCAACAACAGCGACUGGAAAAAAGACGACGCCGCGGGGGACGCAAACAAAACUGCUUGCAAGCUGGUUGCAGCAGGGCUGCAACAUAUUUCGAAAAUUCAGGAAUCUCACUCCACGAUUCAGCAUAAGCCCUAUGAUAACCAAGAGUUUAAACAAUUAGUUUCUUGUUUAAUGUUAAAAGCCGUCGUACAAAAAAUGAAAGAAGACAGCAAAAUUUGUGACAUAGAACCGGGAAUUAGGGUCGCUUUUGCAAAGGCAGGCACUAUUAAAACCGCACAUUGCAAGAAUGAUAAACCUUGCAUUGUUUGCAAUUGGAGCGACGGCGACUAUAACCAACUUAAUAAUUGCAAAAUUGGCACUGGCAAUAUCAACGUAAAGGACAAAUUGGAUUCAUUGCUCAAAGAGACGAAACAUCAGACCAAAGUCGAAGAAACCCUCCAAGACUUACUCAAAACCGACAAAUCCGACACUCUAUGUCCUCGUCUUCAAUGUUUAGCAUCAAAAGUGAAGUUAUCAGGCAAUGAGGACAAAUUUUGGACUAAUGAUGGUGACGUUGGCAAUCUAUGGAAAGAACUGGCGAAGGAAAUGAACACAAAGGGCACAGAAGAACAAUCCUCAUGCAGCACAGUCGACACUAGUAGAACACCCACCGACCCUGAAAGGAGGGCAUGCAACCAUCUUACAGCAGGUUUCAACCAACUGAAAAAGGAUCCAACUUCCAACGGUAGUGACUACCCCAUCUUGAAGGACAACCGACUGUUAAGACAAACAGUGGGUUGUUUUCUUCUUAAGGAAUAUGCAAAACAACUGCAAAAAGACUCAAAAUGUGUUAUCGAAGCAGGUUUAAAGAAAGCAUUUCAAAAUAAUAAAUCUUCAUGCACGAACAAUGCUUCGUGCAUUGAAUGUGAAUGGGAUGAAAAUUUGGAAAAUUGCGACUUAAAGAUUGGCAGCGACAAUAAGAAACUUAAUGAAAAAUUUAAUGAAUUGCUCAAACAAAACAAAGAUAACAACUUAGAAGAAAACUUGAAGAAAAUAAACCACAUGGAUAACCUAUGUGAUUACAUUAAAUGUGCCGCACCCAAAUGGUUCCACAACCAAAACAACAGCAAAGCAGGGAGUACUGGUAAUCCAACGAAGACUUGGUGUGACUUUUGGGAUACGACUGUUAAGGACGCACUGGAGGAGAUGUUCAAGGAAAUCGAUCAGAAUGGAAAGGACAAAUCAAAGACCAACAAGAAUGUUGUAUGCAAAGCGUUUGGUGAUGAUAAUCCUAAUAGUGUUGAAAGAAAAGCAUGUAAUCAUAUCACAGCAGGUUUAGAAUACAUUAAAAACAUUACAGGCAGUGGUAGUACUACCCCUAAGAAUGGUCAUCAGGAUGAUGAUAAAUUUUUUAAACAAUCUAUGAUGUGCGCAGCACUUAAUCUUUACGCAGAUAAAAUAAAAGAACAAACGGACAAUAUUUGUCCCAUUGAUGAGAAAAGAAUAGAAAAAAUGUUUGAUGAUUGGAAUAAACAGAAUAAUCCAAAUUCUUCGCCUUCGCCUUCGUGUAAGAGUGGAGUUUAUGAUUGCUUUGUCUGUAAAAGGGAUGAUAAAAUUUUGGACGGUUGCAACCUCCUCGUUGAUAAAGGUCUCAUUGGAAAAUCAACACCAUCACAACCAAAAGGAAAUUGCAAUGAUAACGAUGAAAAUAAAAAAGUCCAAGAGAAAAUGACCAAUCUCCUCCAAACUGAACCCAAAAUGGACGAAACAUUAAUGAACAUAAAUGAAAUGAAAUCUUCUUUCUGUACUCAAGUCCAAUGCGCAAUAAAAAAAAAACUAAGGAGCAACAAUGUACAAACACCCUCAACCGGAACAACACAACCUUGGAAUGCCUUGAGCGAUGAGAUCGGAAAGGAAUUAACGGAACUUUUAAAAGAUAUGAACGACGCUAAAAAGCAGUCGGACGCUGCCAAAUAUUGCAAUGACGACAACCUCCCAUGGAAUACUAAGGGCCAUACAGAAAGGCGAACAAAUAGAGCAGCUUGUUUGCAUUUUGCUGCAGGAUUGAAGCACAUUUAUGGCCACGGUAAUGGCCAUGUUAACGGCCGUUCCCACGGGCAACAGGGUGGCCAUGUUAAUGGCCCAUCGUUUGAACAAACGAUGGGUUGUUUAUUUCUUAAAGAGUAUGCAAAACAAUUGCAAAAAGUGGCAGAAGUGAAGAAACAAGGAAAUAGUUGGGUACAUCCCUAUUGUGAAAUAGAUAAGGGCAUAAACUACGCUUUUAGCAGAAGUGAAAACAUUAUGAAAGAAACAUCUCCAUGCAAAGAUACUAAUGGUACUAAUGACUGUUUUGUCUGCAUACAAAAAGAAGACGAUUAUAAUAAUUGCAAAAUUGGCAAUGACGAUAUAGGAAAUGAAGCUACAGAACAGUUCAAAAACGAAUCGAAGCAAAAACUAAUGCAAGAAACAUUAGAGAAUACAGUCUGUCCCAUCCUUAUUACGGAUCUCCUUACCCCUUUUCUUCCUUUGGCUCCUGUCUCUAUUGGUCUUUCUGCUAUGGCUUAUUACCUUUGGAAGUAUUUUGGUCCUCUUGGUAAAGGAGGACAACGUUUCCGAAGAUCUCCUGCUGAAAUUCCUGGUCCAUCAGUACAGGAACAACUCCUCGAUCAUGUGCAACAAGAUAGUUCACAUGAAUAUCGAUUAGUGAAAGAACGAAAACCUCGUUCUGCUCCAACAAGAACAAAACGUUCUGGUCCCGUGAAUCGCCGCACGAUUAUUGAAAUUCAUUUUGAAGUGUUGGACGAAUGUCAAAAAGGGGACACACAAUUGAACCAGAAGGAUUUUCUGGAACUUUUGGUUCAAGAGUUCAUGGGAUCGGAAUUUAUUGAAGAAGAACAGGUUCCUAAGGAAGAGGUUCCUAUGGAAAGUCUUCCAAUGGAACGUGUUUCUAUUAAAGAGGUUCCAAGUUUAGGUUCCGGGUUAAUGGUUUAA